UGGCCAGUGCUGGCGGCCGAAAACUUGCACCACUAGUUUCGAGGGGGAGCAAGUGCGGUGAAUAUUUCGCCAGUACGGAGGUUGUCCCGUUCGAUUCUGUUCGUUUAGUCUGUUUAGUCCGUUGUUUUAUUAUUAGAGAGACUUUGCGGCGGUUUCGUUCAUCUGAUGUAUCGGUCACAGCGGUGAAACUCCUAGGCUGACGACAACGAAGACGUAGACAGCGUAUGUGUAUAAAUCUCUUCGCGCGCGCUGUGCUUCGUUACCCGCUUGAAUUUCGAGUUUUAUUCAAUAGUUCAGGGUUGCCAGCUAUUUCACGGUUUAUCACGCGUGCUCUUCCGCAAGUCCUGGCACAUUGGUGGAGACGGGGACAAUUUGUGCGGGCACGUGAGAGUCGUUGACAAGCGCCGGUUGCGCUUUCCAAGAGCAGUUCGAUUUCACGUCAUACGAUGGCCGAGUCCAGUGAUCUGGAUCGGCAGAUCGAGCAACUGAAGAAGUGCGAAAUUAUCAAGGAAGCAGAGGUCAAAGCCCUGUGCGCGAAGGCGCGGGAGAUCCUGAUUGAGGAGAGCAAUGUGCAACGUGUCGACUCACCUGUGACAGUUUGUGGAGAUAUUCAUGGACAAUUCUAUGACUUGAAGGAAUUGUUUAAAGUAGGUGGAGAUGUGCCAGAAACAAAUUAUCUUUUUAUGGGAGAUUUUGUAGACCGAGGUUUUUAUAGUGUUGAAACGUUUCUACUUUUACUCGCGUUAAAGGUUCGUUAUCCUGACAGAAUCACAUUGAUACGAGGGAAUCAUGAAUCACGGCAGAUAACGCAAGUUUAUGGCUUUUAUGACGAGUGCUUACGCAAAUACGGCAGUAUAACAGUAUGGCGGUAUUGCACAGAGAUAUUUGACUAUUUAUCGUUAUCUGCUAUUAUUGAUGGCAAGAUCUUUUGUGUUCAUGGUGGAUUGUCACCUAGUAUUCAAACAUUAGAUCAAAUUCGGACUAUCGACAGAAAACAAGAAGUUCCUCACGAUGGGCCAAUGUGUGAUUUGCUGUGGUCGGACCCCGAGGAUACUCAAGGCUGGGGUGUAUCGCCGCGCGGAGCCGGUUAUCUUUUUGGUAGCGACGUGGUAGCGCAGUUUAAUUCCGCUAACGAUAUCGACAUGAUAUGCCGAGCCCAUCAGUUAGUAAUGGAGGGCUACAAAUGGCACUUUAACGAGACUGUAUUGACCGUCUGGUCUGCGCCAAAUUAUUGUUACAGAUGUGGUAAUGUAGCCGCGAUAUUGGAGCUAAACGAGCAUCUGCAAAGAGAUUUUACGAUAUUUGAAGCAGCACCGCAAGAAAGUCGCGGAAUACCCAGCAAGAAGCCGCAAGCAGAUUACUUUUUAUAAACGAGCUGUUGUAGAGUACAAAAGAAACCAUCAGAAUCAUGUCAGAUUGACUUGGGGAAUUUGUUUCUUCUUCUUCUCUCUCUUUCUCUCUCUCUCUCUCUCUCUCUCUCUCUCUCCCUAUCUAUCUAUCUAUCUAUCUAUCUAUCUAUCUAUCUAUCUAUCUAUCUAUCUAUCUAUCUAUCUAUCUAUCUAUCUUUCUCUCUCACAGAUCAGUUUACGUUGAUUGUGAAAAAGAGCAACUAAGGAUGAGCGAUUGAAGAAGAUAAUUUGCUAUUAUUCUAUUAUAGCGAUAUGAUUUCCCAUAAUUAUAUCGAAUCGUUUCUCAGACAUUUGAAUGAAACUGCGACAGUAUGCUUGUAAGGAACUGAUGUAAAAUAAAUAAAACUCGCCUCUCCAAUUUAAGCUGAUGUGACAUAUUAUCUCGCACAACUUAAAUUUUUGAAAAAAAUGUUUAUUAUACGAGAAAGAUGUUACAAGAAGAAACGUAAAUUCAAACUUUAUUUCAAUAGAAAAUAUCAAUAAAGUGUUCCUUAAUAAGUUAUUUAAUUUUUGAACGAACUCCAUCGAGUUUCUAAAUUCUUAAUCGCGUUUGUCGAUUAAUUGUAAUUCUUGUUUAUAUAUAUGUACAUUUUAGAUACAUUGAGCAUAAAAGCGAAUGAUUUAUAGAAUUUAGUUGACUAUUUCUUAAACAUUUUUCUUAUAAAAUCGUUUGUAUUUUGUAGACUUGAUUUAAAAUAUAAUUGAAAGGUUUGAUUGAUUU